UGACGAUUUUUGAAUAACUGUCAAAUCAAAGCAACUUCGUUAAUUUGUUUUUGUUCAUAAAUAGUAAUAGUAAAUAACUAUUUCACAAUGAGCGUUGAUCGUUUUAUGCAAGAUGAACAUGAAAAGCACUUUUUUAAGUUUUCUUCAUCAGAAGUAUAUUACCUAAUUGAAGAAGCUGUAAAAAAGUGUAUAAUUCGUUUGAUGGAAGAAUGUAAAAAAGGCGUAAUAGAGGAAAAUGUUUGCAGUGAUUUAGCUCUACUUGAUAAAGAGAUUGGAGAAAUGGAAGCUUUAUAUAUGAAGAAAUGUAUGGAAGUUUUAGUCGAAUUCAAGGAAGUUCUCAGGAAUAUAUUUUCCAUACCUGCGAACGCUGACAUCUAUAAAAAAUCUGAGAAGAAAGUGUAUACAGAAGAAGAAGUCAAAAAUUUACGAGAAGAAGUUGUAAACUUGCAGAACGAAUUCUUUAGAGAAAAAAUGUAUUUAGCACAUUUGAAAAAAGAAAUGAAUGCAAUAGAAGCUUUAAAACCUUCAUUCCUAAGAACACAAAAGAUCCUUGAGGAGUUAAAAAAUGAAACGGAGUCAGAUAAUAGAAGUAAACUCGACAGGAUUAACCAAAAGAUUGAAAACUGCUCAAAAAAACUUGAUCUUCAAAUUAAAAUUGAUGAAUCGCCUGGUCUUGCCGAGGAUUUAGGUCUUUGAAAUAUUAUUUUAACAUUUUUUGAUAAAUUGUACAGUCUUUGUGUAGUUUUUUGUAAUAUUUUUUCAAUAAACAAAAAUAAAUCU